AAUCCAAUUUACCUGUCGACAUUAUAAGAUCCAACGAAUGCUGGGCUGAUGUAUCCGGCUACGCUCCUAGAGCCCGCCCCACUUUUAAAGUCCAGCUAUGCUUUCAUGGUAAGCGCGACUCAUACUGGGGCUCCUUCCUUUUCAGUGCUCCUGCUCUCGUGACUCCCUCUACCUGACAGAGCAAUAGGGUCUGUCAUGAGGGCAAAUCUCAAUCUCAAUCUUAAUCUCAAUUUCAAUUCUCAUUGCACUUUGACUGGACAAUGGAGGAUUUUAGUAAUCCCUUUCUUGGGACUUUCCCUAUCGACUCACCCAUUGACCCAAACAGCAACACUUUCAACGCGAACUCGUGGCUGUCCAACCUUGUUGGAUUCAUUCAGAAAGACCCAAAGAGAUACUUGCCCCGGUCUGCGGGUAUUGCUUUUAGGAAUCUCGAAGUAUAUGGGUUUGGCAGCCCUACAGACUACCAGAAGAAUGUCGGCAAUGUCUUGUUGGAGCUCACGAGUUUGUUUCGAUGGAUGGGAGGGCAGAAGAAGCAACGGAUACAGGUUCUGAGAGAUUUCGAUGGCUUGGUGGAAGCCGGAGAGAUGUGUUUAGUGUUGGGUCGACCCGGUAGCGGCUGUACAACAUUACUCAAGACGAUAUCCUGUGAUACCUAUGGCUUCUUCAUCGGCCCAGAUUCGGUACUCAACUAUCAAGGAAUACCUGCAGCGCAAAUGGCAUCGCAAUUUCGAGGCGAGGCAAUUUACAUGGCAGAGAACGAUGUCCAUUUCCCACAACUUACCGUUGGCGACACGCUCCUCUUUGCCGCGAAAGCUCGAGCUCCCCGCGAUCAAACGUUUCCAGGAGUUACACAGGAUAUGUGGGCAAAGCAUAUGCGAGAUGUCAUCAUGGCAACCUUGGGUAUUAAACAUACAACCAAUACCCCUGUAGGAGGCGUCCUCAUCAAAGGUGUUAGCGGUGGUGAACGAAAACGAGUUAGCGUCGCAGAAGCUUUACUCAGCGGAAGUCCUUUGCAGUGUUGGGAUAACAGUACAAGAGGACUUGACAGUGCGAAUGCAUUGGAAUUCUGCAAGACGAUCAGGCUCUCAACCAGCCUUGCUGGAACAUCUGCGUUUGUCUCCCUGUACCAAGGUUCGCAAGAUGCCUACGAGGUAUUUGAUAAGGUCACGGUGUUGUAUGAAGGACGCCAAGUAUAUUUUGGUCCCUGCCGAGAUGCGAAGAGCUUCUUCAAUAACAUGGGCUUCGAAUGUGCUCCGCGUCAGACUACGGCCGAUUUUCUUACGGCUUUGACUAGUCCUGCUGAACGUCGUGUAAGACCUGGAUAUGAGGGUCUAGUACCGAGUACCGCGGACGAGUUCGCCCAAAGGUGGAUGUGCAGCAAGGCGUAUGAGCGAUUGCUUGACGAUAUCGACCGAUACAAUCAGAAGUUUCCAAUAGGUGGAGCUUCAGUACAAGCAUUUACCGAAUCACGAAGAGCACAGCAAGCUGUACAGCAGAGAGUUGGGUCGCCGUACACUUUAUCGCUGUAUCAACAGGUUAUGAUAUGCGUGGAGCGUGGAUUUCAACGACUUCGAGGUGACGCUUCCGUCACAAUUUCGCGCGUUGUGGCCAACGCCGUUUUGGCCUUGGUCGUAGGAAGCAUGUUCUACAACUUAGACGAAACUACGGAUAGCUUCUAUAGCAGAUCUGUUCUAAUUUUCCUGGCCAUCCUGCUCAAUGCAUUCGCUAGUGCACUAGAGAUUUUGAUCAUCUUCGAUCAACGCCCAAUUGUGGAGAAACAUUCCAAAUAUGGUUUAUACCAUCCAUUUGCGGAAGCUGUCGCCUCAACGUUGUGCGAUAUGCCUUUCAAAGUUUGCAACGCAGUCUUUUUCAACCUUGUCCUGUACUUCAUGUCCAACUUGCGCAGAGAGCCUGGAGCUUUCUUCGUAUUCUUGCUUUUCUCGUUCUCUAUGACAGUGUCACUUUCAAUGGUCUUCCGUAGCUUCGGUGCAAGUGCUCGCACAUUGGCUUCGUCCUUAUUCCCAUCGACUAUCACGAUCCUGGCAUUAAUCACAUACACUGGAUUUGUUGUUCCUAUAGGAGAUAUGCAUCCCUGGUUUCGGUGGAUCAAUUAUAUCGACCCGAUUGCAUAUGCGUUCGAAAGUCUGAUGAUCAACGAAUACCAUGGACGUUAUUUCAUAUGCAGCCCAAAGUCAUAUGUCCCGGCUGGUCCCGAAUACCUUAAUGUUGGUGGCUUGAAUCAUAUCUGUGCUACAGUCGGAGCUGUUGCAGGCUCAGAUGUUGUUUCUGGAACAGACUACAUUAGAUUGAGUUUCGACUACCAACCUGCACACUUGUGGAGAAACCUGGGCAUCAUCAUCGCUUUGACGAUUUUCUUCACGUUCACAUACUUCGCAUCCACAGAAUACAUCACCGCCAAGAAAUCCAAGGGCGAAAUCCUCCUGUUUCAGCGUGGUAGCCGUCCUCGAAACAAAAACGAUGUAGAGCAGCCUCACUGGAUGAACCAUCACCCUGAGUCUAACCUCAGUACUACUCUGAGCACUUCGGAGAAAAAGAGAAACUUGCAGAAGCAGACCUCGGUCUUUCAAUGGAAGGACAUCUGCUAUGACAUCAAAAUCAAGAAAGAAGAUCGUCGCAUCUUAAAUCGUGUCGAUGGCUGGGUCUCACCUGGAACGUUGACUGCACUCAUGGGUCCUUCGGGAGCCGGAAAGACAACUUUGCUUGAUGUCCUUGCGAAACGGGAUACCAUCGGUAUCGCUUCUGGUGAAGCUUUGGUCGUUGGCAGGCCCCGAGAUGUUUCUUUCCAACGGAAGACUGGUUAUGCUCAGCAGCAAGACAUUCAUCUCGAAACCAUGACAGCGAGGGAGGCGAUGCAGUUCAACGCCAUCAUGUGCCAACCUGCCAACAAGUCCAGAUCAGAGAAGAUUGAUUACGUCGAGGAAAUAAUUGGGCUGCUGGACAUGGGAUCUUAUGCCGAUGCAAUCAUUGGUGUUCCUGGACAAGGCCUGAAUAUUGAGCAACGCAAGAAGCUUACAAUUGCUGUUGAGCUUGCUGCAAGACCUCAAUUACUCCUCUUCCUGGACGAGCCGAGCUCCGGUCUCGAUAGUCAAACGUCAUGGGCAGUACUUGAUCUUCUCGAAAAGCUUACCAGUCAUGGUCAGGCUAUUCUCUGCACCAUCCAUCAGCCGUCGGCUGCCCUUUUUGAACGCUUUGAUCGCCUGUUACUCCUUGCGCCAGAAGGAAAGCCCGUCUAUUUCGGCGACAUUGGCGACGACUCACGCACCGUAAUUGACUAUUUCGAGCGCAACGGUGCUAAGCCCUGCCCUCCUGAUGCAAAUCCAGCUGAAUGGAUGCUGGAAGUCAUUGGUUGCACUCCUGGCUCCCACAGCGAUAUUGAGUGGCCAGAAGUCUGGAGAAACAGCCCCGAGUUCUCUGAAGUCCAUCACCAACUCGAUCAUAUGGCUCAACAUGCCAGAUCGAAUCUGCCGUCGCAAGCUCAACUAGAUGACGGCUUCAAGGAAUUUGCAGCCCCAUUCUCUGCCCAGCUUUGGGAGUGUUUGAAGAGAGUCAAUCAGCAGUACUGGAGGACUCCUUCGUACAUCUAUUCAAAGGCUGCUAUGUGUAUCGGGUCGGCUUUAUUUCUCGGCUUCACAUUCUACAAAUCUAACAAUUCCCUUCAAGGUCUGCAAGACCAGACUUUUAACAUUUUCAUGCUAAUCACCCUCUCAUCCAACUUCGUCCCCCAAAUGCUCCCAAACUUUGUCACUCAGCGUUCUAUCUACGAAGCACGAGAGCGUCCCGCAAAGACAUAUUCUUGGCCUGUGUUUCUACUCUCGAAUAUACUUGUCGAGCUUCCGUGGAAUGCUCUGAUGGCUGUUCUUAUAUUCUUUGCUUGGUACUAUCCUUCAGGUCUCUAUCGGAAUGCGCAAUUCACUCAUACUGUGAAUGAGCGAAGCGCAACUAUGUUUUUGUUGAUGCUUGCUUACAUGAUGUUCACAAGUACAUUCGGACACAUGGUGCAAGCUGGUGUUGAACUUGCAGACAUGGGUGGUAAUUAUGCUAAUUUGCUCUUCAUGCUUUCACUCAUAUUUUGCGGUGUGCUCAUCGGUCCAAGUCUUCUUCCUCGCUUCUGGAUCUUCAUGUAUCGCGUCUCACCAUUCACCUAUCUUGUCUCCGCCGUCCUCAGCACUGGCUUAGCCAAUGCCCCUGUAACAUGUUCCUCAAUCGAGCUUCUCCAUUUCGAACCACUAGCAAACACCACAUGCUCGUCUUACCUCUCUUCUUAUCUCGAAACUGCAGGCGGAUAUCUCGCCAACCCUUCUGCCACCUCGGAUUGCUCAUACUGUCCUCUCAAAGACACUAAUGCGUUCCUCUCCCUUCUGAGCUCUUCAUAUGACACUCGCUGGAGAGACUUUGGUCUUCUUUGGGUUUAUGUCGUGGUCAACAUCGCUCUAGCAAUGUUUUGGUAUUGGCUCGCGAGAGUGCCGAAGGAUAGAAGAGCUAGAGCUGGAAAGUCUGUAUCACCCAUUUGCCCGAAGAGAAAGGUGGAGACGGUGGUGUUGAGAUUCGCGAGUUGAGAAACAGUGGUGAAAAAGAGACAUAAAUGCUUGUAAAUGCUACUCGCUUUAUUUGAAGGUGGGCUAUUAGGGUGCUAUUGGUAUCAAAUUUUGGAGCGGACAGGUUCUGAAUGAACCAAGGUACUAGCUCUCUAGUGCUAGCUAAACAGAAGAUAAGAUGUUCCAACCAUCAACUUUCAAUGUGCACGGUGGUCCCGAAAAUUGAAGAGCAUCAACUCGAGUGAU